GUGAUAAAAGAGGAACUUGCACUUUCCUUCCUUCAUUCAUUCAAACAUUAGCUCUAGAUACAAGUUUAUAUAAAAAUCUGAAUUUAUCAGUAGAUUCGCCGAUUAAAACCUAAUUUUAAACAUCAUUUAUAGAAAACAGAUAAAACAAUGGUGCGAUCGGCAAAUCUGUGCCCUGGAAUGGCUGUUUUGAUAACUGCGUCACACCUGUGGAUUCUGUCCUCUGCCUUCCUCCUGGAGUUUACUUCUGCAGACCAGAAAAACAUCACAGCUAAGUCUGGACAAGACGUCACUCUGACAUGUCGAGCUCCAGACAACAAGGAUCCUCAUGUACAGUGGAGUAGAGCUGAUCUCAAGGAAGAUAAACUUGUUUUUGUGUAUCGGAAUAAGAUGCCCGAUCCAGAAAACCAGCAUCCAUCUUUUAAGAACCGGGUGGAUCUGCAGGACAGACAGAUGAAGGAUGGAGACGUGUCUCUGAUUCUGAAGAAUGUGACGACUAAUGACACUGGAACGUACAAUUGUCGUGUCCAGAGAGAGACAGAGAGUAUGAAGCUCAUCAACAGCACCUAUCUUCAUGUUGAUCCUCCAGGUCAGACAGGAGGACACACAGAGGAUGGAGGGAAGGAGGAUGGAGUCUCUAGAGGAUGUCCUGGUCUGUUGCCAGAUAUGCAGUAAAAGACAAACCCCACAGAGAACGAGUCACGAGUCUCAGUUCUUCAGGUACAAUCACAUAUGAUCAGAGAACUGAGUGACAGCCUGCAGAGGAAACUGCCAGCAGAUGAGUGCAAAGCGCCCUCAUCUAACAUGUCACAAAUAUUGUUGGUAAGUGUCAUAGUGGCUUUGGCACAAAGUGGCUUAAUAUUCAAGAUGGUUUGAUGCUACAUAUACAUAAGACUAACUAACUAAAUAGCUUAUCCCACAUAACCUCUCCACUCUGCUAUUUUAAAUUUGUUUUAUGUCUUAUGCUUUUAUGAUUGUGUAAACUGCUUGCUUUUAUGUUGCUUUUAUUAUUCUACCUUGUACAGUGUCCUUAAGUGUUCUGAAAGGCAUUUUCAAAUAAAAUGUAUUAUUAUUAUUAUUAUUAACUCUGCACAAAACUAACUCGUGAAACUCAGCUUUACUUUAUCUCUGUACUUUUUGUUUCAUGAUUUCAAGAAAAAUUCUAAAUUAAGGAAAUAUUGUAAUAAAAAUUGGAAUGUGACUGUUGGAGCUGUGUGACCUCUGUGAGCUUCCUGAUUCAGAUUGUGGUGGAGAUGUAAAAGACUACAGGACAGCUUCAGAUCAUAAACUUCUUUAAGAAGUCGUCCUUUUUGUUUGCUCUGCUGUCUGAUAGAGACGUAUCCACACAGGCCAAGCAGAGCCAAUCAGCUUUCACUUUAGAUUUUAGUCACACUGUUGAUCACAAGAUAUUGUUCAUGUUACUCAGAGUGUAUCUUACUUUUGGCACAGCUGGAGCUUCUGCCAGCCACCACAGGUGAUCAGGGCACUGAGAUGAAACACUCUGGCUCUGAGGUUUCCUACUUACACUUUUCUGGAUUUUACACAACUGA